CUGGAACACAAAACCUGACGAACCUCAUUCUUGCAGGUUGUUUCACCAUUGACUCAGUCCCAAAGCCGUGUCAACACUUUCUCUGUACUUGACAAAGCCUGAGGUAUUCAGAACUUUUAAUAAUAGGGAAUCAAAGAAUAAAAAAAGGAAACCUGGUGAGCUUGUAAGCCCGGGAACUAUGAACACCUUUUGGAAAGCUGUGACCUUCCUGAGUGCCGUCAUCGCAGUGGCACAGGGGUUUAACUGCCGUCAGUGUCCUCUAGGUGUGAUCGGGAUAUGCCUGUUUGGCAGCGACGUCACAUGUAAUAAUGCGACUGAGAGCUGUUAUCGUGGAGAAGCACAGUUCAAUGCUACCGGGUCGCUCACCCUGCAGACCCGCGGCUGCCUGGACUCAGACCUGUGUGGGAAGACGCUGACCGGCGUCGUCCUCGGUGCUGGUUACACCAGCAGUUUCAAGUGCUGUACCACAAGUCUGUGUAAUGGAGCCUCCUCUGUCCAGCUCUCUCUGACCGUGGCCCUGUGUGGCGUCCUCCUGUCCUCUCUCUGGGGCACCUGGGACUUCUAGUUUUGCAUGAUCCAACCCCUGUGUCUACUGUUGUUGAUUUUUACUGUUUGUACUAAUCAUUUCAAUUAAAUCCAAGAAUCAUCAUUAAAAAACAUUACGACUU